AUGCUCUCCCUUUUACUACUAGGUGUUUUCUACUUCGGGAUCGCAUGGGCUACAUGGAAUUUCAUAAAGAGCCGUACCUAUCGAUCGGUACUUAAGAAUAUUCCAGGUCCUCCAGCGGGAUCGUGGAUAUCAGGUUCACUCAAACAAAUGAUGAACCCAAAGGCAUGGGAUUUCCAUCAAAGCCUUGCUGAUACAUACGGAGGGCUUUCGCGCACAAAAGGAGUAUUUGGGUCCGAUGAGCUCUAUGUUUACGACCCGAAGGCCAUGCAUCAUAUUCUUGUCAAGGACCAAUAUAUAUAUGAGGAAACUGAUGCUUUCAUCGCAUCGAAUAAGAUGAUUUUUGGUGCUGGUAUAUUCACCACACUUGGUGAUGAUCAUCGUCGGCAGCGUAAGAUGUUGAACCCUGUCUUUUCGAUCGCUCAUAUGCGCGAGAUGGUCCCUAUAUUCUAUGAUGUCGCACAUAAGGUGCAUUACACAUUCUUUCAAGUUAGAAAUAUACUGAAGUAUGAAAUUUUCCAGGUCCGAAGGGUAUUCAUCACCAAGACGCAGGGCGGACCGCAAGAAAUUGAUGUCCUCACCUGGAUGACUCGACUAGCAUUGGAACUGAUUGGUCAAAGUGGGCUUGGGUAUACGUUCGACGAACUUACUGAAAAUGCAGUUCAACACCCAUAUGGAAUCGCGUCCAAAUCCUUGGUACCCGCGCAAGGCCAGGAAGCCAUGUUAUUCACAACUUUGAUGCCGACACUUUCGAAAAUUGGCACGCCAGCUUUUCGAAGGUUUAUCGUUGAUCAUCUGCCUUUUAAAGUAGUGAAGGAAGUAAGGGAUAUUAUAGACGUCCUUUACGAAACAGCGGUCGAGAUCUUCGACUCAAAAAAGAAAGCCCUGGAAGCAGGAGAUGAAGCGCUUGCCGCCCAGGUUGGGAGGGGCAAAGAUAUCAUUAGUAUAUUGAUGAAAGCGAAUAUGGCUGCCUCAGGAGAAGACAAACUGACCGACAAAGACGUUUUAGGCCAAAUUAUGUCCUUAUCCUUUGCUGCAACCGACACGACCUCGAGUGCUUUAUCUCGAACAUUCCACCUACUUGCACUUCAUAAAGACGUUCAAGACAGGUUAAGAGAGGAGAUCAGAAAUGCUCGAAAGGAAUGUGGUGGAGAAGAUAUUGGAUAUGACAUGCUUGUUUCACUACCAUACCUUGACGCAAUUUGCAGGGAAACACUCCGCCUCUACCCUCCUGUGUCGUUUAUAAUGAGGACCGCUCGAAAAGACAUCGUUUUACCACUUGCCACGCCAAUCAAAGGCCUUAACGGCCAGCAAAUAAGUGAAGUACCGGUUCCUGCGGGCACCAACGUUUUUGUUUCUAUCUUGGCUUCGAACAGGAAUCCAGACCUGUGGGGUCCAGAUUCAUACGAAUGGAAGCCUGAAAGGUGGCUCAGUCCCUUACCCGAGCCUUUGAUUACAGCUCAUAUGCCUGGAAUAUACUCUCACCUGAUGACGUUCAUUGGAGGCGGUAGAGCUUGCAUUGGUUUCAAAUUUUCGCAACUCGAGAUGAAGGUUGUUCUUGCACUCAUGGUGGAAAAUCUGGAAUUCUCCCUCGCAAAACAGGAGAUUAUCUGGCAAAUGACAGGCAUCGUUACGCCCAACACGGACCCCGAUAGCACUACACCAACUAUGCCUAUGAUAAUUAGCCAGGCAAAGUGA